AUGACACGAAAACUUAAGUUUCAUGAGCAGAAGCUCUUGAAGAAGCACGAUUUCAUCAACUACAAGCAAGACAACGACCACCGGCACCAUGAUGUCGCCAGGCGAUACAUGAUCCAAAAACCAGAGGACUAUCACAAGUACAACAGGUUAUGUGGUUCCCUCCGACAGCUAGCCCACCGCUUAAGUCUCCUGCCACCGGAGAACGAGGUGAGGAGGAAACAUGAGACCCUGCUCCUGGACAAGCUCUACGACAUGGGCAUCCUUUCGACCAAAUCGAAGCUUUCGCAGGUCGAGCACAACGUCACAGUGUCUGCCUUUGCCCGGCGACGGCUACCUGUUGUCAUGACUCGCCUACGCAUGGCAGAGACCGUCCAGGCUGCCACCAAACUCAUUGAGCAAGGACAUGUCCGAGUUGGCGUGGAGGAGGUUCGAGACCCUGCCUUCCUGGUUACGCGGAACAUGGAAGACUUCGUCACCUGGACGCACGGCAGCAAGAUCAAGCAGAACAUCCUGAAAUACCGCGACAAGCUUGACGACUUUGAGCUCCUCUGA